CGCGGGGCCGGGCCGGCGGCUCCUGCCCGGGGAGGCCGGGCCAGCGGAGCCGCCCCCUUCCCGCUGCCUGCCCCGGCUCCCGGCUGAGGGCCAGGGCCGUGCCGUGCCGUGCCAUGGCCGCUCCCUGCUACCUGGGCUGGGAUUUCAGCACGCAGCAGUUGAAAGUCAUUGCUAUUGAUGAACAGCUGAGGGUCAUUUAUGAGGAUAAUGUUCAUUUUGAUAAGGACCUUCCAGAAUUUAAGACUCAAGGUGGAGUCUACAUUCACAGUGACAGACUGACAGUCACUUCACCAGUGCUUAUGUGGGUCAAGGCUCUGGAUAUUAUCUUGGAAAAGAUGAAGUCUUCAGGCUUUAACUUCUCUCAAGUCAGAGCUAUGUCUGGUGCUGGCCAGCAACAUGGGAGUGUGUACUGGAAAAAAGGAAGCAUCCAGAUUUUAAAGAAUGCGUCAUCUGAACUGCCUUUACAUCAAUCACUAAAGGGCUGUUUUUCAGUCAGUGACAGUCCCAUCUGGAUGGAUUCCAGCACAGCCUCCCAGUGCAGAGCACUGGAGAAAGCCCUGGGGGGAGCUCAGCACCUGGCCAGUGUCACUGGCUCCAGGGCCUAUGAGCGUUUUACAGGAAACCAGAUAGCAAAGAUUUACAGCCAGAAUCCUGAGGUCUACAAGCAAACUGAGAGAAUCUCUUUGGUCAGUAGCUUUGCAGCUUCCCUUUUCCUAGGAGCUUAUGCACCCAUUGAUUACAGUGAUGGUUCUGGUAUGAACUUGCUGCAGAUUUGGGAAAAGGCUUGGUCAAAGCCCUGCCUUGAUGCUUGUGCCCCUGGAUUAGAGGAGAGACUGGGAUGCCCUGUACCAUCCCACUCAGUCCUGGGGCCCAUUUCUCCAUAUUAUAGUCAACGUUAUGGGUUUAGCCCAGACUGUAAAAUAGUAGCAUUUACAGGAGACAAUCCAGCAUCACUGGCAGGGAUGAGACUUCAAGAAGGAGACAUUGCAAUUAGCCUUGGCACAAGUGACACAUUGUUCCUGUGGAUCCAAGAGCCAACUCCUGCCUUAGAAGGUCAUAUUCUCUGCAAUCCUGUUGAUUCUCAAACAUAUAUGGCCCUUUUAUGUUUUAAGAAUGGCUCCCUGAUGAGAGAGAGGAUCAGAGAUGAGUGUGCUUCAGGCUCCUGGGAUGAAUUCUCCAAAGCUUUAUCAUCAACUGUUGCUGGAAACAGUGGAAACUUGGGUUUCUACUUUGAUGUGAUGGAAAUUACUCCUGAAGCAGUUGGGAUUCACAGAUUCAACAGAGACAACCAAAAGGUUCCAAGGUUUCCAAAGGAAGUAGAAAUACGAGCACUGAUCGAAGGGCAGUUCAUGGCCAAGAGGAUUCAUGCUGAAAAGCUGGGCUAUAAAGUCUUGCCUAGAACAAGGAUUUUGGCUACUGGUGGUGCAUCUCACAAUAAAAAGAUCCUACAGGUCCUGUCCGACGUGUUCAACGCGCCCGUGUUCACCAUCGACACGGCCAACUCUGCUUGUCUGGGAAGUGCUUACAGGGCAAUCCAUGGACUUGUAGCUGAAAGGAAUGUGUCCUUGGCUGAUGUUGUGAAAUUAGCACCAGAGCCCAGAUUGGCUGUUACACCCACCCCAGGGGCUGAGGAGCAUCUCAUCAGCCAAAGAGGAGUCUGGUCAUUCAGGUGUGGGGUUCAUCUGACCAGUGUAGACAUCUCUGUCUGCUGUCGUAUGGGCUCCUUUAGCAAUCAAAGGAGAGGACCACGAGGGAGAAGAGUUUCUGGCUGUUGUUCAUCUUACCUUGUGGCAGAUGUCUACAACAGAUCAGGUCUGAUAAACACUGGUGUUUUGGAAGAUGGAAUUCUCCUUAAAAAGUCAUCCAAGCCAUGCUGUGUAACAACUUUGAUAUCACAGCUUAUGCCACCUGGGAGCAUCUCUUCACAUGGCUGUCACAGCUUGUUAGGUUAGUGUGGGACAUUCUCCUGUCACUCCUGGAAUAAUUUCUUUGCUGGGUUAUUGCCCUGCUUAAGGGCAGUUGCAUAUAGCAGAAACAGCCUAUUGAUAAAGAAAGAUGUUGUCAAAAGGCAACAAUAUGUUUUCCCAAUUUCCAUUUCUCAGUUAAAUUAUUUGGGUCCCUGCAAUUUUUGUCCCUUAGAAGGAACUCCUACCCAAGUAGAGGAAAGAGAAAACAUUGAAGGCAGCUAACCCAAUAUGUGAUUUAGUCAGAGAGUUCAACUGAAUGAAUAAGCAAAUAAACUUCAUUUCAAUUUC